CACAUUUUGAGCAUGUUCCUUGAGGAGCGUUUCUGAAAGAGUGCCGCGGCUGUUUCUGCGCAAACUGAAAUUUUUUAUUUUAUUUUCGUCGAACGAAGCGGUUGACUGUCGCCUUUUAACGCGGGAUCGACUGAGGCUGCUGUGGCUGGCGGUGAAGUAGCUGCAGGUUACCGGGACGAAGCGCGGAGGUCUCACCGAAGGAAUCCAGUCUUGUUCUGCGGCCGCUCGGCCACCUUCCGCCCGGCUAGCAGCUAACCGGCGGUCGUGGCGUGUUUGCGACGGCAUGGGUGAUCUCAUCCCGCGGACUCCCGGGUUUUAGUUGGAUCAGAAAGAGAGCGCGACGGGCUGUUCGCUCCAGGAGCAGCAGGUUAGCAGAGUUAGCCGUCCGGCUGCUAACGGCGCCGGGUGGAAGAAAAGGGCAGCGCGUGAGCAGGAGGCUCGGUGUGUCCUCGGAACCGGCUCAGUUUGGGCUCGGAUCAGUCCCGGGCGGGCAGGAUGAAUGGGUUCAGCACCGAGGAGGACAGCCACGACGGGCCGCCGGCCCCGCCGUUCUACGGGCAGAGCUGCUGCCUGAUCGAGGACGGGGAGCGCUGCGGCCGCUCGGCUGGAAACGCCUCCUUCAGCAAGAGGAUCCAGAAGAGCAUCUCCCAGAAGAAGCUCAAGCUGGACAUCGACAAGAGCGUGAGACAUCUGUACAUCUGUGACUUCCACAAGAACUUCAUCCAGAGCGUCCGAAACAAGAGGAAGAGGAAGACCAGCGAUGAUGGAGGGGAGUCCCCGGACCACGAUGUGGAGGUGCCUGAGGUGGAUCUCUUCCAGCUGCAGGUGAACACACUGAGGCGCUACAAGCGACACUACAAGCUGCAGACCCGACCCGGACUCAACAAGGCCCAGCUGGCAGAGACGGUGAGCCGUCACUUCAGGAACAUCCCGGUGAACGAGAAGGAGACGCUCACCUACUUCAUCUACAUGGUGAAGAGCAGCAAGAGCCGCCUGGACCAGAAGGGGGACGGAGCCAAGCCGCUGGACUAAAGGUUCCCCGACCAGAACCGCUGCAGAACCAUCGCUCCCCACAGACCCAGCUCAGGCUGAUCCCACCAGAACCUUCUGUCCUCAGAGGACGUUAAACAGUACCCAGGGUGGGACGACUUCACACACUUCCUACAGAACCAGGUCCAGAAAGACUGUCCAGGACCAGAACUCUGUGGUUUGACGUCGUCGUGCUGUUCUACGGGUCCAACAAACCGGGUCUGAUCUGAAACCAUACUCCUGCAAUGUACAAAAUGGCUGCCUUAUAAACAACAUGUUGGU